AUGGAGUACCAGCACCCGCAGCCCGUCCAGCCGCUCGGCCCGCCGGCGCCGCCCCCGCAGCUGCUGCCGCCGGCGCCGCCGCCGCCGCUGCCCUCGCUGCCGCAGCUGCAGCACGGCCACGUCCAGGACGAUGAUCGCUGGAGUCAGUACCACAUUUGGAGGCAGCACGUUUUUGUCAAUGGUCAGUUUCGGGAUCGAACGCUCCUCGUUUACCCGUUCUUUGUAUUAUAUUUUUUGCGCGCCUCCGUCUCGACUCCGACCUGGGCUCAGCUCGAGCUCGACACCUGA